UGAGAUGAAUGGAAUGGAUAUUAAGUGUGCAUGACACAGCACAGGACCAUCCAUUUUUGGGAAGAUUUUUCGAUCCAAAAUCUAUAGAAUUUUUCUGUAGUUAGCAAUGGGCCUAAAUUCUUUAAUACUAUUCAGACAUAAGCUUUUUCAAUUUCAGGUGGGACAAAUAUCUUAGCCAUCUAUCAUUCAGGGGCCCAAGCAUCUGUUCUCAACAGGUAGGAUCCAGAUAUCCAACUGACUUACUUGGCCCAUGAGUUGAAAACACAUAAGCCCAUUUCCAUGAGACGGGACAAGCAUGUGACUCUAGCCUCUUCUCUCACCAGAGAGACGCUCCUCCCCACAUCUCAAAAAGGGGAAAUUUUGAAAAACCGUUCCACGUGGCACACGGUACAAAUUCGACCGUUGCGAGUGGGGUUCCUCCGAUCCCUCCAUAACUCCUCUUUUCUUUUUGUCUCUUCUCUCUUCUUCUCCCUCAAAUAAUAGUACUCGUCGGUCUUUUUCUCUCUCGCCCUCUCCCUUCUCCCUCUCCCUCCCAAAAAAAAACUUGUUCCCUUUUUUUUUUCUCAAAAAUGGCGAUCGCUGAGACCAAUCCCCAACAACAAGAGAUGGUUUCUUCAGAGGCUUCAGCAGGUGAAAAGAAAAGAUGGACGCUUCGCGAUUUUGACAUUGGAAAGCCUCUUGGACGAGGAAAAUUUGGUCACGUUUAUUUAGCUAGAGAAAAGAGGAGUAAUCAUAUCGUGGCACUCAAGGUUCUUUUUAAAAGCCAACUACAACAAUCUCAAGUUGAACAUCAGCUACGUCGUGAAGUGGAAAUACAAAGCCACCUGCGCCAUCCCAAUAUAUUGAGGCUUUAUGGUUAUUUCUAUGAUCAGAAACGUGUUUAUCUGAUACUGGAGUAUGCAGCCAAAGGUGAACUUUACAAGGAACUGCAAAAGUGUAAAUACUUCAGUGAAAGACGGGCAGCUACUUAUGUUGCAUCUUUAGCUCGGGCACUCAUUUAUUGUCAUGGAAAGCAUGUAAUACACAGAGACAUCAAACCUGAGAACCUGUUAAUUGGUGCACAGGGUGAACUUAAGAUUGCAGAUUUUGGAUGGUCAGUGCACACAUUUAACCGCAGGCGGACUAUGUGUGGUACACUUGAUUAUCUCCCUCCCGAAAUGGUUGAAAGCGUAGAGCAUGAUGCUAGUGUAGAUAUCUGGAGCCUUGGUGUUUUGUGCUAUGAGUUUCUUUAUGGAGUCCCUCCUUUUGAGGCCAAGGAACACUCUGACACUUAUAGAAGGAUUGUACAAGUGGAUCUUAAGUUCCCUCCUAAACCGAUAGUUUCAUCUGCAGCUAAGGACCUCAUUAGUCAGAUGCUUGUUAAGGAUUCUUCCCAGCGCCUGCCACUACAUAAGCUUCUUGAGCACCCAUGGAUUGUUCAGAAUGCUGACCCAUCUGGCAUCUAUAGAGCUUAAGAUACAUCUAUAUUCUUUUUGUGAGGAUGAUUGUGCAAAGAUGGUUUCAAAUUAAAAAAUUUGCUACGUCCCCAAGCUUUGUAGGAAUAACAACUUGUUCCUUAAAUCCAUCGUAAUUCAUAUGUAUGUUAAAUUACUAUGAUUUGUUGUUUUGGCACGUGUAACAAUCCUUUUUGUGCUUUUGGUUGUUUGGAAUGGAAUCACGGAACUCCAAGAAUUCGAAAAUGACAAAUAAAUAGUGCCCAAA